UUUUGCUUUACCUUGUGAAGAAGUGCCAGGCAUACAGGAGGAGGGAGGAGAAGUUUACUCUAGCUUCACCUUCUCCUCUUCAUCAUGGAGGCCCGGCCACAUUUCUCUCGGGAGGAAAUCAACAGCACGGUGUGGGAGGUACCGGAGAAAUACACACGGCUUAAACAGAUCGGAACCGGGGCGUACGGUUCGGUGUGCUCAGCAAUAAAUGAGAAAACUACAGAGAAAGUGGCCCUCAAGAAGCUCCACAGGCCCUUCCAGUCAGAGAUCUUUGCGAAGAGGGCCUACAGAGAGCUACGGCUUCUCAAACACAUGAAGCACGAAAAUGUGAUAGGACUUCUUGAUGUGUUUACAAGUGCCUCAGGCUUUGAUGACUUCCAAGACUUCUACCUGGUGAUGCCUUACAUGUUUACUGACCUGUCAAAGGUGCGAGGUCACCUCUCAGAGGACAAAGUUCGGUUUCUCGUCUACCAGAUGCUCUGUGGACUCAGGUACAUUCACAAGGCUGGGAUCAUCCACAGGGAUCUUAAGCCUGGAAACUUGGCAGUAAACCAAGAUUGUGAACUAAAGAUCCUGGACUUUGGUCUGGCUCGUGGUGCUGAUGCUGAGAUGACAGGCUACGUGGUGACCCGUUGGUAUCGGGCACCUGAGGUCAUUCUGAACUGGAUGCACUACACCCAGACUGUGGACAUCUGGUCUGUGGGCUGUAUCAUGGCAGAGAUGAUCAAUGGAAAAACCCUUUUUAAAGGAAAAGACUACAUGGACCAGCUGACACAGAUCAUGAAAGUGACUGGAGUGCCUGGGGCAGAAUUUAUACAGAAGCUGGACAGUCCAGAGGCCAAAAGUUAUGUAAAGGCUCUUCCACGGUAUCCCAGAAAAGACUUCUCAACACUGUUCACCAGAGCCAGUGCAACGGGUAUCGACCUGCUGGAGAAGAUGCUGGUUCUCGACGGAGACGAGAGGCCCACGGCGGAAUUGGCCCUGGAGCACCCGUACUUCGACAGCCUUAGAGACCCAGAUGACUUUCCUGAGCCUGCACCAUAUGAUGACAGCCAUGACAACGCCACGUUGUCUCUCGAGGAGUGGAAGAGGUUAUGUUUCAGAGAGGUGAAGAGCUUUGUGCCGUUCCCACGGCGAGACUCCAAAAGGAAAAACACCCUGACGAUGUCUCCGUGACCUGAUGAAUAUCCAAACAACACAGAAUACAGCCACUGGUGCCCUUGUAUAUUCUAACUAUUGAUUUACUUUAUUUCUCUUGGCCUGGAUAUGGUUAGAUUUAUGAACGAGAGUGAUAAUUUACCAUGGGUUUUUUUUGUAAUGUGCAAUUAUUUCCUUAUUGUAUAUUGCGCUUUGUGUCACACAUUCUUUAUCGGUGAGUGUUCUUUAUUGUGACCAAAUGUCACAGAGUUUACUGUAAUAUUUACUGUAAUAUUGUUUACAAAUGAAAACAAUAAGACUUAUAGCCAACAUGAACAUAUCCUUGCCAGCUGGUACAGAGAGGCUGUUAUGUGUUAAGUAAAAAUGCAAAGUCAUCAUUUAUUGCUGUUUAAAUUAUUCCCAGACACUGGGUUGUGGGAGAUAUUUUUUUGGGUGGCCAUAAAAUUUGCUGACUUUCUUUCCAGAAUUUAAGCUCAUUCAUUUUCCCCCACAGUCACAGGAUUCACUGGAAACAAUUACAGCUGAAGUUAACUACUGUCCAAGGUGCAACAUACUACGCAAAGGUGGGCUUUUCACAAAACACAUAAAUAAACGUGAUAUGCAUUUUGUACACUAGAUUACGAUGCAAUAAUUAAACUCAUACAAACCAGGCCCACCUUUUACAAUAGAAAGAUGUAAAUACAAUAUAUAUGUACGAUGUUGUUGUAAACAAUCAGAUUCUCCAUUAAUCCCCUCCCUAAAUGCAUUUAUCUGGUCUUAUUUUUAUUGAACGUGUGGAUGGAAUUGUGAAAUAAAUAACAUUCAUUCAUUCA